CUCUGUGGUCUCAUAGCAACAGAGUGUAAAUAACUGUUCGGUGUUUUUAUUUUGUGGGACACUGCGUGGACGAUACACGGAGAAAUGAACGAAGCAUCGAUUUGACGCUGGGAAUUUACACGAACGAAACCAAAGGACGUUGGAAUUACAGACUAACAGUGGAUGGUAGCUGGCUGGCCAAUGGGGCUGUUUGAUAAGUUGGCUGCAUGGCUGGGACUGAAGAAGGAGGUGAAUGUGCUGUGCCUCGGUCUGGACAACAGUGGGAAAACCACCAUCAUCAACAGACUCAAGCCCUCCAAUGCCCAAACACAAGAUAUCGUCCCAACAAUAGGCUUCAGCAUAGAGAAGUUCAAGACAUCCAGUCUUUCCUUCACAGUGUUUGACAUGUCCGGUCAGGGGCGAUACAGAAACCUCUGGGAGCACUACUACAAGGAAGGACAGGCCAUCAUAUUCGUCAUUGAUAGCGCAGAUAAACUGAGGAUGGUGGUGGCUAAAGAAGAACUGGACACGUUACUAAAUCAUCCUGAUAUUAAACACAGGAGGAUUCCCAUCCUGUUCUUUGCUAACAAGAUGGAUGUGAGGGAUGCUCUGUCUUCUGUCAAGGUCUCACAGCUGCUCAGCCUGGAGAACAUCAAAGACAAACCCUGGCACAUCUGUGCCACUGAUGCUCUAAAGGGAGACGGUUUACAAGAGGGAGUCGACUGGUUACAAGAUCAAAUUAUCCAAUCAAAUCAAAACAAUGAGAACAUGAGAGCAUGAGGAGGGACCAACCAGGAGCAGCAGCGGCCGAGGAGGGUUUUUUUUCUCUUGCUAUUUUAAUGAAACAAGAGACCACUUACAAGAUAUUCAGAUGAUUUGUUAUGUGUUUGGUUCACUUGGAAAUAUUGAAUUCUCUAAUACCAGUGAGAAGAGCAAACACGAAGAUCCAACUUUAUUUCCGCUAAACAACUGCUUAUUUUUCAGUUUUUGUUGCAGAUCAUCUCUCACAUUUUCUCAGUGUGUCACAGUGUUAGUCACGACACACGAGCUGCUCUCAAGCAAAUUCUAAUUUUCCUCUCUCCUGCCCUGCAUCAAUAAAACAUUGAAUGAAUAAUAUUAAAUUCAAAGAGGAGGUGGCUGGCUCCGUUUGGGAAAACUUCACUCUUAAAAGAAGAAGAAUGAGUUAAAAUAGCGAAACCUUUGAAUGUAGUAGGUCCCGCCUCUUAAAUAUGCCAAAUCUCUUUUAGUCUAUUUUGUCUUACGUCUCUCAGGGCCUCUUUACGUACAUUAUGAUGUUAUUUUCAAUCACUGUUUCCAUCAAUGGUCAUUUGGCCAGCAGCAGAGGCACUUUUCUGUUUCUGGUUUUACUAAAACAAAGAAUGUCAUUGAAUGUGCAUGGCCUUUUUAUAAAACUUGCACCGAGGACCAUCUUUUUGUCACCAAGCAACAGGUACUUUGUCUUUACUGCAGCUAAUUUUACACGCAGCUCCACCCAUUUUUAGUUGGCAGUGCUUUACACAUAGCCAUACUGUGUGGUACGUUUGUGAGAAGCUGAACGUUUCAUAGACGCUAUUAGACUCCUGUAUAUAUCUUCGCUUGUAGCUCAAAGUGGCUCUGACCUGUAACUCUGUUGUCAUAAAUGAAUGUCAAGUUAGUCUUUAAAGUUUGUUUGAAAAUCUCUACUUACUCUAUAAAGCUAAUUUCCAACCAGCGUUUUUUUUUUUUCUUUUCUUUUUAUCAAAAUACAUUCCUACAAUUGAUUGGGUACUUCAGUGAUUCAAAGGGAAAUAACUUUAAAAAUCCAUGUUCAGGCUGUACCGAGUUCAUCAUGCAAGCCUUUGAUCCGCUGCUUCAAACUCAGACCGAAAGCUGCUAUUAAAAACAAUUUGCGUGCAGAUCAGAACAAACGGUGACUUAUUUCUGUCUGAUUGUGUUUCAGCUAAGUUGCGUAAAGCAAAUAUGACGCAUUUUCAAUGUUUUUGAAGGCAUAAAGGCACAACUGACUGAACCUGAACUAGUUUUUGUAAACUAGCCUGUGACAUGUAGUUUAAGAAUGCUUCAUCUAAAAACACUGUUUUUAGCAAAACAUAGAUUACGUCUUACAACACGACUGAAUUGAACUGAAUAUCUAGGAAGAAAAUGUUUCUCUUUUUCUGGAAACAAUGUAAGGUGUGUGUGUGUGUGUGUGGAGGGAUGUUUCUGGAAAAAAAAAUAUCUGAAUGUUUCUUCAUUUGAAUCUGUAUUUGGUAACAAAAUUUGGUUGAUAGUCAGAAACAGCCCUCCGCUAAUGGGUUCUUAAUUUUGUUAGCACAGAAAGAGGAAAGGUGAGUUUAUAGAAACGGCUUUUGUUGUAAUCAGGCAGCUGACGAUCCUCUGGGGUGUGUUCCUGUUUUCUUAAAAAGGAAUUACCUUGCAGAUUUAUGUGCUCCGUUUAGGUCUCUCACAUCUAAUUAUCCAAGAAUAAAACCAUAUUUUAUUACAUUUUAUUUUAUUUUUAGCUUUCACAUGUAACAUAUGUCUUCAACUGUAAUUCUUAUCACAGUGCUGGUGACGAUGUUUGUGUUCAGAUUAAGAACAGAGUCCAUAGGUCCAUAUUUUAUUGACACAACUUUAAGCAGAAGUUCACUUUAUUGUUUAAGUUUUAGCCUGACCUUUCAAACUGCAUCCUUAUUUGAGCUGGUUAUACUUUAUUUAUUGAACCCUAUCUUCUGA